ACGACGGGACAGAAACUCGAGGAGGGGACAAAAGCUGCCCGGGGUGGUGCAGCCUGUCCCCUGGGGGCCGAGGCAGCUCCCUCGGGUGCCAGCGCUGAUCCCAGCUGUGUCAGCUCGCGGUCCUGUGCCAGGCUGCAGUCAGCAAAGCCGUAAUCUCCCUCGACUGGCAGUGCCCCAGCCCAGCAAUUACGUGGCUGACCUGAGCUUGCCCGGCCACGAUGCAAACCCCCUCUGGGGAGGGGGUGCCAGGCUGUGCUGGCAGCGGGGGGCUGAGCCCCUCCUGGCCCUGGGGCAGGGUCUGUCCCCACCGCAACGGGGUGAAGCACAUCCCUGCGCUGCACGGGGGCUGCAGGAAUUAGCUGGCUGGCUUGCGUCCCUGCUUACGUAGCCCAGAAAUCCUCCCGUACCCUGGGCCGCAUCACCAGCAGCGUGGGCAGCAGGUCGUGGGAGGGGGUUCUGCCCCUCUGGUGAGAUCCCCCCCUGCAGCGCUGCGCCCAGCUCUGGGCUCCUCGGCACCGGGGAGGCACGGACCUACCGGAGUGGGUCCAGAGGAGGCCACAAAGACGGUCAGAGGGCUGGAGCAGCUCUCCUAGGAGGCGUGACAGGGAUGCACAAGGGAAGAACGAUACCAAACCCCAGCAGCUGGUGGCCCUGGGACAGGCACUGCCUAUUCCGGGAGGGCAGCGGUCCGGUGAUGGCAUGAGCCGGUGCCUUGGCACUGCCAAAGCCUCUUUUCUGGCAGCCCCGGGAGCUUUCAGCUGCCGCCUGCCGCAGAGGGCAAGGAGGCGUGAUGCGGAGCUGCAGGCAGCGUGCUGCCCGUGGGCAGGGGGCUCGGCUGGGCAGGGGCUGAAAGCCCCCCUCCCCAUCACUGCCGGGCAGGAGCCGUGCCGCCCCAUCGCCCGCUGCCAGCCUGCCCAGCACCAUGGCCGGCCGGCGGCUGGGCACCCCGGGGCACGGGCAGAAGAGGGGCCCAGGCUGAGGGCAGGAGACCCCCGGCUGCUCCCCCAGAUUAGCAAAAGCUCUUGCGGCCAUCGCGCCCGGUGCUGGGCAAGGGGGGGAACUGGGCUGCCUUCCUCUGCCUGCGUCCUCAUCUUCCUCACCUGCGCCGCAGUGGAGGCAGGUAGGGUCCGGCCAGCCCAGGACGGCGCUGAGCACCACAUGAGUGGCGGAGCAGCAUGGCCAGCGACACGAAGAUGGGGGAGACCGCGCAGCGGUGGAGGAGAGCCCAGGACACAGCACAGGACACCCAGGGGAUGGAGAGCAGCGGGAUGGUCUUGCCCCGAAGCACAGCUGCUGAGCUGGGACUCCCAGGCUACCCGGAGCCUGGCAAGCUGAACUACGGAACGGAGAAGGGGUGUCCCUGGAGGGGCUCCGAGGGAUGCUUGGGGCCAGGCCGGGAGCUUGCUGGUGGCCAGCUGGGCUGCCCCUACCCACUGGCCCCACCGUGCCUGCAGGAUGCCUUGUGCCGCCCCAAGGAUGGAGCCGAGCUCCCUCCACUGCUGCCCCCAAGGAACGGGCAGCCCAAGGCGGGCUGGGCUGAGCCCUGCAAGGAGCGCACAGGACCACGGUGGGCUGAGGCCGUGCUGGCCCCCCUGGCCCUCUACAGCCAUGCGUACCACCGCUACCCCCUGGCCUUCCCGGGCUUGGACACCCAGUGCCCCAGCACCACCGGCAAGCCCCGUGUCGCUGCAGGGGAUGGGGCCGGUGACCCACUGUCCUUCCGCCACUGCCCGUUCCUCGUGGAGGCCAAGCACAGCCCUUUCCUCCUGUCCUCGCUGCUGCCCACUGGACCCCCAGCUGACCCCCCGUUUGGUGGCAGCGGGCCGGAGGGACCAGGGACAAUGGGUGAUGGGCGCUUCGCCGGCGUGGACUGGCGCCUGGGCUCCUACGCACCCACUUGGGCUCAGCCCCUCUACCUGGGGCUCCCACCAAGGUGCAAGGCAGCUCCAGCCCCCUUCGACGGCUGCUCCAGCUCAGGGAAGAAGGAGUUUUACCCGAAGAAAGAGCCCGGCUUCCACCCCCCGGCCAAGGACCAAGCGCCAUCGCAGCCGCUGGGCAAGAGCCAGGCAGGGCAGGAUGGAGACAGGGAGGGGGAGCUGGCAGUGCCGGAGCUACCGGGAGCCCCGUGGAGGGAUGGCCGAGCUGGGGGCAGCUCGGUGGUACCCACUCCCCAUGCCCACACGCCUCCCCCCAGCGCCAGCCACCCCCUCUUCCUCCUGCAGCCUGGCGCGGCGGGGGGCUGCAGGGGCCCCUGGCUGGGCACAGGACCACACACCGCCGAUUUCCCCCUGGAGCCGGGGCCAGGCCGGCCCUCUGAGCCCAAAGACAAGCACCUGGCAUACCAAAGCCACCAGCCCAGCUCACCGCUGGGUCCGGGGGAGCCCGACCCAUCGUCUCCACUCGUGGAUGGGCGCUACCCGCCAGCCCUUGCCAAGCCGGAGCCACCCCCGGCUUGCCUUUGCACCACAUCGGGCUGCGAAGGGUGCCCGGGGGUGGGUUGUGAGGCUCUCGGCUCCUUCGAGCCCACCCUGGGCAUCCCCGGGGGCCAUUUUCCAUGCCCACCCAGCAACCACACCAAGCUGAAGAAGACCUGGCUGACACGGCACUCAGAGCAGUCGCUGCCACGCUGCAAGGCGCCCCGGCGGGACGGUGGCUCCGAGGCAGCCGGUGAGGGCAAGCGCUCAGCCAAGCGCCCGCACGGCACCGCCGACGGACCCUGCGCUGCCAGCGAGGGUGCCAGGGCUGCCAAGAGGGGCACGAAGGCCACCGAGCACAUGGCCAUGGUGUGCCCGGGUGAGGGCACGGAGAGCAGAGGGGACCCGGAGGAGCGGAGGAUGGAGCUGGGAGAGGGAGACCCACCGAGCCAUGCUGGCCCGGAGCCGUGGUGCCUGCAGAGUGUGCCCUGCACUGCCCUGCCUGAGAGCAUCCCGCGGUGCUGUGCCUGCGCUGCCCGGGCCGUGGGGCACCCCGAAGCUGAGGAGGAGGAGGAGGAAGAUUCCCCUGAGAGCACCUGCAGAUUGCUGCACUUCCGCAGGUUCGCCUUUGGGGAUGGCGGGGAGCUGAGCGUUGAUGGCUUCUUCACGCUGGGGGAGGCGGAGGGGGAGAUGCUGCAGCUGGAGGCGGCUGGCCCUGAGCGAGGGAGCAGGAGCGCGGGGAGCAGCCUCUGCCUGGCCAAGUACCUGUUGGGGGUCCUGGGGGACCCCUUCUGCGAGGCCGUCCGCAGGGACAGGGACACGUGGCCAGGAGGCCCCGGCAGGCCUGAAGGGGUGACAGCCUGGAGGCGGAGGGAAGGAGCCCCCCAGCUCUGCGACGCCUGCCAGCGCAGCUUCUUCAACUCCCACUGGAGCUGCACCAGAUGUGGCUUCCAGCUGUGCCCCGACUGCCACCGCAGCAGGCGGGAGGCUGACAGCCACGAGGAUCUGGUGUGGCUGCCCGAGUGCAUCCCCGGGCAAGACCACCCCCUGGCAUCCCUCAUCCCCACGCAGUUCAUCCCCACCUGUGUCCUGACCCGGCUCUGGAAGCUGCUGCACGAGGUCCGGGUCAAGUUCAGCAUCGAGUCGCACUGUCCCUGCAGGGAGGGGGCUGGGGAGCACAGCCUGGCAGAGCCCCCCGGGAGCAGGCAGGAGCUGCCGGGGGUCGCGGUGCCCAUCCUCCCACCCAGCAGCGAUGCCCAAGCCGACACCUCCCAGCCCAUCAAAGAAGCAGAGAGCCCCGAGGGGGGGCCACCAUCACCGGGCCAACCCCCUCCCCGGGGGGCCGUGCAGACCACCACCCUCUGUGACCUCCUCGCCUCCACCGCUGUCAAGCUGUGCCUGGGGCAGGAUGGGGUGCGCAUGGCCUUCGCCCCCGUCUCGCCUGCCUUGCCCAGCGACAACCGCCUGACCAGCAUCCUGGACAGCAUCAUCGCCCGCGUGGUGGAGAGGAAGAUCCAGGAGAGGCAGGCGGGGGGCGAGCUGAGCCCCCCCGGGCCCCCCGCCUCCCACUGCAUCCUGGCACCCAGUGGGCUGCUCUGGCUGCACGACCCCAGUCACACCAGCAACUACAAGCUCUUCCAGGAGCACUGGCGGCAGGGCCAGCCCGUCCUUGUUUCAGGGCUGCAGAAGAGGCUGGAGGGGCGGCUGUGGGGGCCUGAAUCCUUCCGCCCAGCCCGGGGGGAGCAGGCAGUGGAGGCGGUGAACCUGCGGGUACCAGCGAGCCGUGUCAGGAUGAGCAGCCAGGAGUUUUGGGAUGGCUUCACCGCCAGCGCAGCAUCCCCGGAGAUGGAGCAGGGUGGCGGGGACUUGCUGAAGCUGGAGAGUGGCUUUGGGGACAUGGAGCUGUGCCGGGCUGCCAACCUGAGUGCCAGCCUGCCUCUGCCGGAGUACUGUGGGCCCACUGGCCGCCUCAACCUGGCUACCUACCUGCGUGGCCAACAGGGCCGGCGCUGGCUGCGCCCGCGUGUCUGCAUGGCUUACGGCGUGCAGCCCCAGGACCGGACCAUUGGGACCAAAAACCUGAUGGUGGAGGCGGCCGACUCCAUCAGCAUCCUGGUGCACGCUGCAGCACGGCUGCCGGCACGGCAGGACAUGCUCCUGCAGGCUGAUGCGGAUGGAGUGGAUGCGCUGCUGAAGGAGCGGCUCUGGGAUGCUGGCAGCCGGCCUGGUGCCCUGUGGCACAUCUUCCGUGCCGAGGAUGCUGGCCGCAUCCAGGAUUUCUUGCAGAAGACCCGUGAGGACCAAGGGCAGGAGGGGACAGCCACAGCGGAGCCCCCCGGCUGCUACUUGGACCUCUCACUGCGGAGGCGGCUGCGUGAGGAGUGCGGGGUGAGCGGCUGGACCCUCCUCCAGUUCCUGGGGGAUGCGGUGCUGGUCCCUGCCGGGGCUCCCCACCAGGUGCAGACCCUCACCAGCAUCAUCAGCGUGGAGCAGCGUUUCCUCUCACCGGAGAACGCCACCCGCCUCCGGCACCACAGCACCGAUCCCCUUGGGGCCGCACGCCAGCUCCGUGCCCAGCUGGACGGCAUGAUUUUCUCCGCUGUGCGGGAGGCUGUGGGCGUCCUGCGAGGCUGCAAGUGAGGUGGCCACGACACGCUGGAAGGAUGCUUGAGCAAAGCCAGCGCUGGUGGCCACGGCCACAAAGAGCCGGGCCCGGGCAUCUCUCGCUUGGUGCUUUGCUCCGCCACCGCCCGGGGUGGCUCGGUGCGGGGCAGCUGGGGAAUAAAGUGUCUGCAGCGUGCCGGGGCCGCCGGCACCA